AUGGGAAAUGAGACCAAGAUUUGGGAAGGAGUGGGGAAGAGGAGAGUGAAAGCUAGAUACGAAUCUGUGGAAGAUGAUAGUGUGGAUGGGGAUGCAGAAGUCUCGAGAGAUGCUUUGUCGGAAGAAAAAACAGAAAAACAAGAUCAGGGGUUGGAAAGACACCAGUAUGCUUCUGAUCAUCACGGUGCAGAUGCUAUUAGAAGCAAGGUUAAUGAAAAUAUGGAUGAAUUGAGGGUACUGGCAAGACAUGAGUAUCUUGGAAGAAGAGAGAAAGAGAAAUUCGUAUUGCUGAUAAGAGAGCUUGAGAUUUUAGAAGAUGACAUAAAAAAAUAUGGAUGGGACAAUCUAUCAGAAAGGGAAAGGUCGGAGAUUAUAUUGAAGAGAGAGUUAGUUCAGCUGAUCAAUAGCAAACGAUCCAUAGAGGAUACUAAUUAUUACACAUUGGCACAUGAUGAUGCUGAUAACAGCAGUUCUCCAACUGAUAAAAAAAGGAAAACCCUAUAUGGCAACGAAUACGAUGGUUCCAAACGACAACGUAACCCAGGUGAAAUAUGGGAAGACAAUCAGAUACGGAAUGCAGUGAAGACAGAUGCUGGUCAUCAAAUAGACAACAUUCAGGUUAAAGGUUCGGAAAAGUAUGACUAUGUCUUUGAUGAAGAAGCAAUGAUAGAUUUCACUAGUGAUCAAGAAGAUAUGUUAGAUGAUGAAAAUGAUGAGGAUACUUCAAGUGGAGAAGAAGAUGCAGAAUUGGAAAAUUUAAGGGAAAAAUUGAAUAUGGAAGAAAAUAGGAUAGUCGCCAUCCAAGAGUCAAGGAAAUUGCUGCCAGUUUAUAAAUACAGGCAAAGCCUGCUAGAUGCUAUUAAAGAAAAUCAAGUUUUAAUUGUAGUUGGUGAAACUGGUUCUGGUAAAACAACACAAUUGCCUCAAUAUUUGAUAGAAGAAAAUUAUACUCAAAAUGGGAAGUUCCAAAUUGCAGUCACUCAGCCAAGAAGAGUAGCAGCUACUUCUGUCGCUUCAAGAGUAGCUGACGAAAUGAAUGCUGUUCUUGGGCAAGAGGUAGGAUAUACUAUUCGUUUUGACGAUAAAACAACACCUAAUAAAACCUUAUUAAAGUACAUGACAGAUGGUAUGUUAUUGAGAGAGUUUUUGAACGACCCGAUGUUAUCCAGGUACUCCUGUAUCAUGAUUGAUGAAGCUCACGAACGUACAUUAGCAACGGAUAUCCUGUUAGGUCUUCUAAAAAAUAUUUUGUUACAUAGAACAGAUUUGAAACUGAUUAUAUCAUCUGCUACAAUGAACUCAACAAAAUUCUCAAAUUUUUUCAAUAAAUGCCCUAUAUUCAAUGUCCCUGGUAGACGUUAUCCAGUUGAUAUACAUUAUACAGUUCAGCCUGAGGCUAAUUAUAUGAAUGCCGCUAUUACAACCAUAUUCCAAAUUCAUACAACACAAGCUCUACCAGGUGAUAUAUUGGUGUUUCUAACAGGUCAAGAAGAAAUUGAAAAUGUAAGAGAAAAUUUAGAGGCGAUAAUAGCUAAAUUAGGUUCAAGCAUACCCCAGAUGCUUAUCACGCCUAUAUAUGCUAAUUUGCCUCAAGAACAACAGGAUAGAAUAUUCCAAAAGACUCCAAAUGGAUGUCGUAAAGUCGUUCUUGCAACGAAUAUUGCCGAAACUUCAUUAACAAUCGACGGUAUAAAGUACGUGAUUGAUCCUGGUUAUGUAAAAGAAAACGCAUAUGUUCCAUCUACUGGGAUGUCACAAUUACUCACUGUACCUUGCUCUAAAGCAUCUGUUGAUCAAAGAGCUGGUAGAGCUGGUCGUGUAGGCCCAGGUAAAUGUUUUAGAUUGUUUACCAAAUGGUCAUAUUAUAAUGAACUAGAAAUGAUGCCAAAGCCGGAAAUUUUAAGGACUAAUAUAUCAAAUAUUGUAUUAUUAUUAUUAUCACUAGGUGUCAGCGAUUUGAUUGGAUUUCCUUUACUGGACAAACCAAGUAUCCAGUCAUUAUCGAAAGCAUUGGAGACAUUAUAUAUAUUAGGAGCUUUGAACAGUAACGGUUCUAUAACGAGGCUUGGAAGAAUAAUGUGUGAAUUUCCAUGUGAACCAGAAUUUGCAAAGGUUAUUUACACAUCCGCCACUAAUGAAACCACAAAAGGUGUUUUGGAAGAAUGUGUAACUAUUGUCGCAAUGCUUCAAGAAGUUUCAUCCAUGUUUAUUGGUUCGUCAAAGGAAGCUAUGAAUCGAGUUGUUGGUGAUUCUAAUAGUGAUCAUUUGCUUUAUCUUAAAAUCUAUGAUCAAUGGAGCGAGUCUGAUUAUUCUAAAUUCUGGUGCAAAGAUCAUAAAGUCCAGUACAAGACGUUAUGUAGAGUAAGAAACAUUAGAGAGCAAUUGUGGAAAUGUAGUGAGAGGCUAGGUUUAGUUGCGUUAAAUAUAAAAGCCCGUCAGGAAAUUCCUGAUAUAACAAAUAUGAAUAUAACUUCUAAAAUUUCUAAGUGCUUUAUAACUGGAUUUCCCAUGAAUAUUGCCAAGUUGGGUACCACCGGAUAUAGAACAAUUGGCAAAGGGAAAGCUAAUAAUGGACUCGAAGUUCUAAUACACCCGUCUAGUGUUGUCUACCAAAAAUCCCAUAUGGAAGAAGGCCGAAAACCGACGAAACAUAUAUUGUUCCAGCAAUUGAUGUUGACUACAAAGGAAUAUGCUCGAGUGAUACUCCCAAUUGCAAAUGAAUCGUGGCUAAAUGAAAUGGUUCCACAGUUGUAUAAAAAAUUGGAAAGGUAA